AUGUCGUCGGAGAAAUUCGAGUCACUGGAAGAUGACUUGACUUCAGUAAUCGACGGUUUAAAGGAAAGAAUUGAGAAGAAGAUUCCAGUAUAUCGAGGAGAGGAAAAGAAAACAGCAAUUCGCCAUGCAGGAAGAAAUUUGGAGGAAGCAGAAUUUAUUAUUCAGGAGAUGGAGGAAGAAGCCAAAGUUGCCCCUGUACCCUAUAGAACACAAAUGCUUGGAAAGCUCCGGAACUACCGACGAGACUUGGAGCAAGCUUCCAAGAUGUUGAAGAAGGAAAGUGGAAAACCAGUCGGUGGUUCAAAUAACUAUGGAUUUGACAGAGAAGAUAAGAUGGUAGCCUCUCAGCGCUCCAAGCUGAUGCAAGGGACUCAGUCUCUUAACAGAGCGUCUGAGAGCCUGGCUAGGACACAACAAGUAGCUGCGGAAACAGAUGCGAUCGGUGUGGACACCAUUGAUGAGCUUGGUAGACAGAGAGAGGUUCUUGUACGCACUAGGGACAGAUUGGAAGAAACUGAUGGAAACCUCGUAAAAAGUAGAAAAAUUCUCAAAUCUAUGGCUACAAGGGUGAUGACAAAUAAGAUGAUUUUAAUUGUGAUAAUUCUGUUAGAAUUGGGACUACUAGGCGGACUAGUAUACUGGAAGUUUUUCUCAUGAUGAAAGGAUAUAAUGUGACUUAUUGAAUCAUACUGGUGGAGAUAUUUGUGGAAAAGAAAUGGUACAAAUGCUCUUAAAUGGUGUGAAAGGUCUGGAGUUCAUCUGGUAUCAGAAUUGGACAAAGAUUAAGGACAAAAACAGUCACGUUUACCUGAUGACCAGAUGCUAUAUUUAUCCUGCAAUAAGUAUUGGAGGCCAACAUCUCUGACUUAAAGGAAGAAAGUGAGCAUUAACUCAUUCAUGAUGUAGCAAUUGAUUAGCCCAUAAAACAAUUUGCCUCUGACUUGGUGUAAUUGUGAUACACUGUCCACUUGAUUUCUCAUUUGAGUUACCAAGAUUGAAAUCUAGAUGUCAUGGAAAUGACCUCAGGAACGAUAGUUUGAUGCAAAAAUUUCAAAGAAAUUUAAAAUGAUUCUGAAUGUUUACAUAUCUCUAAUUUCUGAAAUUAUGCCACAAAAUCGACACUGAAUUAUUUCAAGGUUUUUGCUUGUUUAAAUCUUUAUUAGAACUGGGAUAACCCUUCCAUGUUUUGACAUUUUGUGUUGGUGUAUCAUGAUUAUAAUAUGGUAGUACCACAAAUGUGUCUCAUAUAAAUAUAGCAUUUGCCAGCACUUCAAAUAAACUGGGAUACAUGUGGAUGUGCAUGUUACUAGUCACAGGCUUAUUGUUGGAUAAAUACAGUAUGAUACAGGGUGAUGUUCUCUUUAAAAUCCUCAUUUGAAAAAAAAUAGUCCUGUACAUUCCUGAUUUAAUUUUCAGAAUUAAAUUUGGAAAUGUGAAAUAAAUUAUUAUUUCACAAUAAUUAAGAGAGAAGUUAUCACCUGCAUUAACCUCACUGAUUGGUAAGUUCUGUUCAGGUGUGAUGAGGGACUUGUAACGUAGGAGGAUUAGAGUGCCCAAAAGAUGGGUGAUCCCAUACAGCUUCACGCAGAUCAAGUCCUAUUAAUGAAAUACAAGUAGUGAAUUGAUGUGGUAUUUAUAUGUCUUUAAGACAAAAUGUGUAUUGUGUAUAAGAAUAUAAGAUAAAUUAAGAAUAGAUUAUAUGUGGGUAUGGUGCAGAACAAUGAUUUACGAGAACAUCAGAAGAUACUUGUUUAAAAGUUUUAAAAGUGUUAUUUACUUUUGUAUAAGAGUUUGAUACAUUUACCACAAAAACUACGUCUGUAAGGUAUCAGGUAUGUCUAACAUAUUUGAAAUAACUAUUUUUUUUACUUCAAUCGUUUCAUUUUACAUGAAAAGUGCUUUAUCAAAGGGAUUGAAAAUCGCACUAGAUGUUAAAGAUGUUUUGUCAGAAAUAGUUUGUCUGUUAGGAUUAUGUCUUCAUCUGAAUUGGAAUUAAUUAAAUUUAUGCAUACAAUGUGUGUUAUUUAUAAAAGAAUAUGUUGUGUUUCACUUGUAUACAUGUAUAGUCCCGCAGAAGUCAUUCCAAUUAUCAGAAAAUACAAUACUUAGAUGUGAAUAUUUGGUUAUUGUCUUAUUUGGGUACAAAUGAUACCACUUAAUUCGGAUUCAAGCUAUAUUUGAUUUGUAAAUAGAAAAAAUAUGAUUUAUGUAUAUAAUGAAUUAUUAAAAUGUAGUACAACCUA